AAACCUAAAUAUGGUAUCAAUGAAACUGUUCAACGUAUGAUUGACCGAUUAUUUGUUGAUGAUUGGAGUAUCAAUCGUUUUUAUGAAAAUUAUUCUGACAAAUGUCACCCAACGGAAUGUAGCUAUUCAUUUGUACAAAAUUUUGAUAUACUCCAUAUUGUAACAACUAUUCUUGAUCUUUAUGGAUGUCUAACAAUACUUUUAAGUCUCUUCAUUCCAUUUAUCAUUGAUAUUAUCUUUCGAAUGCAUUACAAAAGAAUGGAAAUGGUUAUUACACCAGAUACACCAUUACAAGAUUAA